AAACCAUUUCAUAUAAAUAGACUUUUUAUUCGUUUAUUUCCAAUGCUUUCUUUGCCGAAUAGACUCUGAUUUUAGUUAAAAUAUUUAAAUUGCUAAUGAAUUUAACAAUGAGUACACUUUUAAUAUUGUUUUUGACCACUUUUUUAUUCACCUUUCGUAUGGUUUAUGCAAACGUCGAAUCCAUUGACACCACACAAGACUCGGAUGUAUCUGAAAAUCAAGUGCCAGAAAGAAACGCCAAUCAGUUUCGUCAGAUCCUAAACGGAAUCCCAGGAAUACGUUUGGGAAGAAUCGGACAAAACUUUAACCGCGAAAACAUAGAGGCGUUAAGACAAGCCAUUCAGGCCUCACCGCAGAUGAAUUUGCAACAGUUGUCUGCCUUUACAGCGCCGCCAGUCAUUGAAUCCAAUUGUUAUGUCGAAGUCCAAGUCGUCCAGAAGAUGCCCGGGAAGUGUACUAAAUUAGGCGGACGUAUACCUGCCUGUCAAUCCCAAGAUUUCAUCACAAUUGACUACAACUCCUGUAAAUAAUAUAAACUAUAUUUUAACCUAACACUAGACUAAUUUACAUUUUAUCCAAACUAUUGUUUAUUAAUUUAAAUAUUAUUUUUAUCGAUACUAAUUAUACUACACUAUAUAUACAUAAUAAGUGUUUUUGUGUUUUUUUUAUUGAAUUUCAUUGUUUGAUAUACAGUAUUAUACUAAAUGUAUACUAAAUACC